GGUCUGGUCGCUCUCAGGCUUCUCUCUGCCAAUGAAAGUAAAAAAUCAGGUAAAAAUCAGUGAGAGCGGUAGCGUACUAAGAGAGAGUUAGUAGAAGAACAGGUAAAAAUCAGAACCACUUUAGCAAACACUCGAAUCACGGAAUCGAGGAUAAGUAUGUUAGUGAAAGAUAGUUAGUCGGCUUGACAUCAGAGUGUGCGAAAACAAAGAAAACAGCUGUGUUGUAGGAAACGUCGGUGAUCGUUGUCAAAACGUCAAAACAAGGAGUGAAAAGUGAAGCAUUUGUUCUUUAUGAGAAUUUUCUAAUAGAACAAAUAGAAUACUGUAUACACAAUCAUGACUAUUCAUAACUUGUACAUUUUUUCGAAAACCGGUACUUUGCUGUAUUAUACUGAGUGGAACAGAUUGAAUAAAUCAGGAAUGACAAGAGAAGAGGAGGCAAAGUUAAUGUAUGGAAUGUUAUUUUCCAUAAAAUCAUUUGUAAGUAAAAUCUCACCACUGGAUCCCAAGGAAGGGUUUUUGUAUUACAAGACUAGCAAAUAUACACUCCAUUAUUUUGAAACACCAUCCGGUCUCAAGUUUGUAUUGAACACUGAUAACGCGAGUCAGAGCGCUCGAGAAUUGUUGCAACAAUUGUACAGAGAAGUAUAUCUGGAAUAUGUAGUAAAAAAUCCACUCUGCCAAUUAAACGAACCUAUACAAAGUGAAUUGUUCAAACUUAAAGUAGAUGAAUUAUUCAAAAAAUCUCCUUUAUUUUUAAGUCGAUCAUUAUAGAUUAUAACAAAUAUAGAAUUUGUAUAUAUG